AUGAAGAGUGGGAUGUUGGAAAUAAGUGACGAUGAUUUGGGGUGUAAUGUUGUGCAAGAUAUAUGUGAUGAUGAUUCGGAGGAUGAUGUUGUGCAAACUAUGGAUUAUGUGAAGGAUGGGAGAAUGGGGAGGAUAUUAGAUUCAGAGGAUGAUGUUGUGCAAACUAUGGAUGAUGAUCCGACAGUUGGGAAGAUUGGGAGGAUUGGGAGGAUAUUUGAUUCGGAGGAUGAUGUUGUACAAACUAUGGAUGAUCCAACAGUUGGGAGGAUUGGGAGGAUCGUUGGUUCACCUCCAAAAACUCCUCAAAAAACUCCAACUGUUGGGAUCAUGGAUUUUGUUCCAGAAACUCCAAAAACUCCAACAGGCAUGGAUGCUGAUUUUGUGCCACCUCCACAAGUUGGAAUGGUGAUAGGUACCACCAUAGACCAGGAAAAUGAUUACUACAAAAGUUAUGGAAGGCAAGAAGGGUUUGGGGUUGUCCGUUCUGGUGCUAGUGGUCCAGGAAAGGGUCCGGGUAAGGUUCUAACAACUGCCACAUGGACGUGUGAUUGCUUUGGUGAACCAGAUAAACGGCAUAAAAGGCCCGUACAACCUAAAAGGGUUCUGAAUCAAACAAAUUUGAAAAACCCGAGAAAGUCUAGGAAAUGUGGAUGUAAAGCUCUCAUGUAUGCUGGUGUUACAGAUGGUCAGUGGGUAGUUAGAAAAGUCGUACUAGAGCACACAAACCACCACCCUACACCAAGUAAAUCCAGGAUAAUUUUCCAGCACAGGGAGUACGAGCUAGGUAAAUUACCGCUUAUGAAAAAAAAGAUCUUUAAAGAUACCGAUUCUGGUAUGAGUUUGCCUCAAAUACAUAGACAGAUGGCAAGGCAAAGAAAUGGUUUUGAGGAACUUCCAUUAACCUUGAAGGAUAUGCAAAAUUUGUUAGAAAAAAAGAGAAAAUCAGAAACAGCCGAUGGAGAUGCACAAGCGAUGAACGAUUAUUUCAACAAAAUGCAACAAUGUAAUCAGGACUUUUACCAUGUUCGUAGACUUGAUACAGAAGGAUAUUUGAAGGACGUGGUAUGGAUUGAUGCUAGCAGUAGAGCGGCAUACAAGGACUUUGGUGAUGCAGUUUGUUUCGAUGCAACCUACCUCGUUAACAAAUUUAACCUACCAUUCUCUAACUUUGUCGGUAUCAAUCACCAUGGCCAGAGCAUUUUGUUAGGCUCCGCUUUGAUUUCACAUGAAAACACAGAAACUUAUACUUGGGUCUUUCAGAGUUGGUUGACUGCUAUGGGGGGGAAAUACCCCAAUGCCAUACUAACUGACCAAGAUGGAGCAAUGCGUAAUGCAUUGACUAUUGCUAUGCCACACACUAGGCAUCGAUGGUGCUUUUGGCACAUAACAUCUAAAUUCGGGGUUAAACUUGGAAAGAAGGAAAAGUAUGAAGAACUGAAAGCAGAACUCUUAAAUGUGAUUUAUGAUAGUGUCGCGCCUAAUGAAUUUGAGCAGAGGUGGAAGGAAUUUAUGGAAAGGUUCGAGCUCCAAAAUGAAAAGUGGUUACUGAAUAUGUACGAUGAACGUCAUAUGUGGGUUCCUUCUUACAUGAGAGAUAUAUUUUGGGCAGGCAUGAAAACAACGCAACGGGUUAAGAGCAUAAAUAGUUUUUUUGAUGUAUACCUUCAUAAGAGUACAACGUUGUUAGAAUUUUCUACGAAAUACAUGACUGCAAUGGAGGAUCGAUGUCGUACUGAGGCGGAAGCGGAUGCAUCCCAAAUCCGUUCAACAAGAAGACUGGCAACGGAUUUCAGGGUGAGUAUUUCUUUAUUUUCAGAGUGA